CAAAACCAUUACCGACUUGAAUUAUAAAAAAGUUCACGUUGUCAUUGAUAAGCCUGGACCUACUGAUUAACUACAGGUGACCUAGACAUGUCUGAGGAAGACGGAGCAACGCUAGCGUUUUGGAUGAAAAUUGUGUCGAAAAACUCAACAUCGGACAUGUAUUACUUCUCAAGCGGUGAUAUAACAGAAAUGUCAAGUGGUGUAACGGUGCUUUGCAAGAACGAGACGAUCCUCACAUUGAUGUGGACUUCUACAAAGUUUUGGAAGACUUCGUGGGAUAGCCCAGUGAAGGGAAUGUGGCACCAUUUAAUUAUCGCCUUGGAUAAAAAUCUUGGAUUGAUGGAGUUUUAUGUCGAUGGGGUCAAAGUCGAUGAAGAUGAUGCGCCAGAUAAUAGGGACGCUUUGCCUCAACUCGACCAAGAUGUUUUCUUCGGAAGGCCUAAGAAUGCGAUACAAAACGUUGGAGAGAUUAUCAUUGAUGAGGUGAUGUUCUGGAAUAACUACCAUGGAUUUGAGUUUGCUAAACGAAUUUAUAAUAUGUAUACAGAUCAUGUAUACUACAUGCCCAUGGAAGAAACACAACGAGACGUGUUAGUGGGAUCAGGUCUUAACGCCAAAUUGGUCGAGGGAAAGGUCGGUAAAGGAAUAAAUUUGAAUGGCGUAAAUCAAUGGAUUGAUCUAGGACAACACGGGGACGAAUGUUUUGGGAAUUUGGAAAUGUGUCCUCAUGGGUAUACACUGUCUAUGUGGCUAAAGGUUGGACCAAACAAUGCCCCUGAGAUGUAUUAUUUUUCAAGUGUUGAACAGAACGGAACAUCGUAUGGAAUAAUUUUACAGAGUUUGGAUGGGAAGUUUGUUGUCAAGUUUAGCACUAAGAACAAGAUUUGGAGGGUAGACUAUGCCGGGCAAAUGAAAGGCCAGUGGUAUCACGUGGUGCUUACGUGGAACCGUGAAGAUGGCCUCCAUCUUUGGAUAGAUGGUCACGCAGUGGCAACGGAUGAAGAGC